GAAGGUGGGGAGCUUCCUGCGAGGCCUGCCUCCGUGCACAAUCGGGGUGACAAGGGGGUAUGCAGCCAUACGUGCCACAGUCGACCGCGCUGCCCGCACCCACAGCCCCCAGUCGUCCAGUCGACCCAAGCGUGCAGACACUGGUUGGACAGUUGCUCAUGGCCCAGCAGCAGUCCUCAGGGGCCCCUGGGCAGGAGGGACAGGGCGCUGAGGGGGAGCCCAUACGGCCAGAGGCGACGCGCGCACUGGCGCAAGUGCUGGGAGCCACCUCUCAGGCCGGCGCCCAAAAUCUGCUCGGACAGAUGACAGGCUGGGCGAACGACAACGCGUCGGUGCAAGCCAUCAUGCAGCUUCUGGGGGGCAACCCGCAGAUGUACCCGGGCGCUGAGCUGUCCCGCCAGCUGGCUGCCGGGGCAGGCCCAUACAACAUCCAGGCCGCGCAGGGCAGCAUGGAUGCUGGUAACAGUGCGCAGCGGGCAGACAGCGGCAGCGCAGGAGCAGCCGGGAAGCCCGAGGAAAGCCAGGCCCUGACGGAAGAAGCGCUGCACCUGAAACGCAUCCAAGCGACACAGGAGAAGAAUAGGCGCAACCAGCGCAAGUACCGCGAGCGCCAAAAGGCGAAAAUCACUUCGUCAGAGAACCAGAUCAAGGAGCUGGCAGACGCAAAGGAAGCGCUGGAGCGCCAGAACGAGAACCUGGCCCAACGCGCGCGCGAGCUGGAAAUGGCAGCGCAGAUUGCAGUGCAGACUGCAGCAAACGCUGGGGGUCCAGAGGCGGCGAUGGCGGCGCGUCAGAAGGAGGUGUGCCAGGCGCUGGCGCGCUUCUGCAGCCAGGUCUCCGGCGAGGCCAUCAGCGAGGACCAGGUCAAGCUCUUCCGCUUCCGCGACUGGAGCAGGUUCACCCAGGCGUACCACGAGCAAAUGGCGCAGCUGUUUGCUCGCGGGGCCGACCUGGACAUCAAGGCACGCACCGAGCUGGCCUCCCUCGUGGGCGCCAAGCACGAGGCGGAGAGGCAGGCGUGGACGCAUUAUCCGCAGGCCAUCCACAAGCACUAUGCGCUGCAGGCAUGCGCGCUGCCCGCCAAUACCACCCUCAACCCCCCCACCCUGGCCGGCUGGCAGGCCAUCCUGGGUGAGCUGCAGCUGAGCCCGGAUCAGACGGACCGGCUGCUGCACACGCGCGCAGCCGUCAUGGAGCAGGUGCAGACCAUUGCCGCCGAACGCCAGCGCAUCGCAGCCGCCCUCCAGGCGGCGUCCCCGUCGCUGGCGCCGGACUCGCAGCAGCUGGAUGCGCACGUACUGACGAGCGCAGCCGCAGAGGGUCUGGCCAGGAACAUGCAGCGUGAGGACAACCUCAUCUUCGGCCUGCUUCACACCUUCUGGGAGGUGGCAACACCGGUGCAGGCGGCGCGCGCGGACCAGCUGUGCUUCCCGCACCUGCCGGACGUGCUGGCCAUGUGCACGGUGCUGUCGCAGGGGCAGGGGCAGCAGCCGCACCCCUUCGCUGGCCGCUCCGAGACCCAGCAGGCCGUGGUGGACGCAGCAAGUGCUGCGCUGCCAAUGCCGGGCCUGGAGGAGCUGCUAGAUGCACAGGUGUUCAAGAACAACGCUCACGGCCUCUACUAUUCCUCCUGAGAGUGUGAGGACACACCUUUGAAGGGCAGAACUAUAUAUGGAGCUAGCACCUGUGGGAGGUUGCCACGCACAACAUCUUGACGGUGUAGCAAUAAUGAGAUACACGUACUACAGACAAAGGUGCACCCAUAUGCAAGAAGGGGUCUGUAGUUGGAAGACGAGGCCCGCCCCGGGGCUGCAGUAAAGAAGAUCAUCUGUAAGCGUUGAGGAUGUUGAUAGGGGGAACAUUGUAGGGGGUUUGAAAUGCAUCUUUGGUAGGUCAGGCUGUCUCUGUAGGUCGGCAUGUCUUUCCAGCUGCUGUGCGGCUCAUGUAUCCAACAGUGGGCAUCUGUGUUUGUGAAAGAUUAGGACAAGAUACUUAGCAGACUUGACCUGUACGCCUCUCAUGUUUAUGGGGAGUUUGUAUAUAUUAAGAGUGCCUCAGCUUACUACGUAGUAUACAAUUUUGUUCUCUUGCGCAAUUUGGACGAUUAUACAGUAUCAAAGAGGCUUCGUUUAUUUGAAAUGCAUGCUAGAACGUCCAGUAUUAUACAUUUGUAAGACCUAGAGUGUGACGGCAUAAAUGUGUCACAUUGCCAAGCC